CCAGGGCUAGGACGGAAUGGCGAGUCAGUGCGGUAGCCCCAGAUGUACGGCAGAAAGAAGAGGUUUUCGGCGGGAACUAGAUUCCUGGCGGUACAAACUCAUACACUGUGUAGGGUUUGAAAGCAUCUUAGAAGGGCUUUAUGGACCAAGGCUACUCAGAGACCUCAGUUUAUUUGAUGACUGUGAACCUGAAGAAGUGACUGACUGGUCUAUGAAUGAAAACUGUUCAUUUUGUUACUUACGAAGAGAAAAAGUCAAGGAGCAUGUCUCUUCUAUGAGUGCAACACAGACAUCUACUGAGGAAUCUCCAUCUCAGGGGCAGUCCAACACUGAACAACUUGAAUGCCAAGCAGACAAGUUUCUUAAUGCUAUCUUUCACAAAAAAGACCUUCCUCAGAACUGUGAUCGCAACAUUCCUCUAGUUGCUCAGGAAAUAAUGAAAAGAAUGAUUCGCCAGUUUGCAAUUGAAUAUGUAUCAAGAAAUAGUCGCAUUCAAGAAAACCAGACUGAAUUAUCCAUUGCACCAGUUUUGGUUCCGAAUGAUCCUCCUCCAAACCAAACCCAGAACUCCUUUCAGCAGGAACAGGAUGGACCAUUAGACCUCACUGUGAAUAAAAAUCAACAGAAAAAUGUUCAACAAGCAGAUGGAGUGCUUGAUCUAUCUACAAAGAAGAAUAGUGUAAUUUCCACAAUAUCAACCGGACCUAGUCCUACACCAACCACUGUAAAAUUAUCAGGGAGACCACAGAAAAACACUGAGGAGCUUGUGAAACGAAGUGCUGAAUUUGCAGACGGUUUGCUUUCAAAAGCCUUGAAAGACAUUCAGUCAGGAGCAUUGGACAUGAACAAAGCAGCCAUGCUAUAUGGAAUACCUCACCAAACUUUACUUCUCAAUUUGGAAGCCUUAUCAGGAGGAGCAGCACCAUUGAAAAACAAGAUGCGAGAUGCCACUGAGAGUUGUUUUUCUAAGACUUUUGGGGAACCUCAUGCUCUACUGCAAAAAGUUGCAUUGUGGGCAAGAGCUCAGGCAGAACGAAGUUCCAACCAAUGUAAUGAACAGGGAAAACUCAGUCAGUUGGGACCUUCAGAGCUAAAGUUUCCCACUGCUUCCAGUUACCUCCACCAGUUAACCCUGCAAAGGAUGGUUGCACAGCUGAAAGAGAAAGAUGUCAACCUUCAUAUUGAAAGUGUCAGUAGUCCUGCUGUUCAGUUAAAAAUUCCUCAGGUACGAGCAAGCUCUGUGCCCAAACCCCAGCCUGACAGCUGUGGGCUUUUCGAUGUUAUGUACCAGGUAUCAAAAACCUCUUCGCUGCUGGAAGGAUCAGCGCUACAGAAACUCAAAACUAUCCUGCCUAAGCAGAGUAAAAUUGAAUGUUCUUUACCUUUGACUCAUUCUAGUGUUGAUUCUUUCCUCCUGCAUGGAGACAUUUCUCCACUAUGUCUUAACGUAAAUAAUGGAACCAUUGACGUAACAUCUGAAAAUGAUGGUCAUGACCGCAUUAGUCUGAAAGACAGUAAACAACCAAGAAAGAAGCGUGGGCGUUAUCGGCAGUAUGACCAUGACAUUUUGGAAGAGGCUAUUGGGAUGGUAAUGAGUGGGAAAAUGAGUGUCUCUAAAGCACAAGGAAUUUAUGGAGUACCUCACAGCACUUUAGAAUACAAAGUAAAAGAACGAUCUGGGACAUUGAAGACACCACCGAAGAAGAAGCUCAGAUUAUCGGACACUGGGCUGUUCAAUAUGACAAAUUCAGGGACGAGCAGCUCCAAAAGCAGCAACAAGUCCAUGUAGACCUUUUAAAAGGUUGUGACUCAAAUGGGCUUAACCAUACAGUAAAUGCUAACUCAACUAGUAUUGUAAAACCACCCUUUGGCCUUCAGGCAAAGCAUAGUUUCAAGCAGGGAUUUGGCUGUACGUAAAAGGAAAAUACUUGGUGCAGUCGCAUGUGUUAGUUUUCAUCUUAAUGCUCUUGUAGAAUUGAAGGAGUCGAUUGUGAAUUAGAAAAGUUAAUGUUUAGCAAGAAGAAUACUAUAAUAUAAAUGUUUUCAAUGAUUGGGUUGUAAGACAGGCAAACAAUAGUCACACACCAUUAUUUUAUAGGAUUGGCUCCCAGAGCCCAAGUCAGGAAUGAAAAUGAACUUGACAAAUGUUACUACCUAAAGUAGGUAAGGAAAAUUAAUUAUUAAAAAAAUCAACCUCUGACAUAUUAAGAUAAAGAAGUGAGUACUAAAUUUAGAGUCAAACACGUUAAUUUUUUUUAAA